AUGUGUUGGGAGUUGUUGAUUUCAGAUAAGGAAUGGGCCAACUUUCUUAGAGCUAGAAUUUUGAAGAAUGGUAAGUUUAUUUCUUACCAUAUAUAUUCCUCUUUGUGGAGGAGUAUGAAGUCUGAACUCUUUAUUUCUAGUGCUAAUUCCACUUGGUUAAUUGGUGAUGGAACUUUUAUUAAUUUUUGGAAUGACUCUUGGUGUGGGGAACCUUUAUCCCAUCAACUUCAUCUUAAUCCGCAUAUCUCUGGUCACCUUUUUGCCAAGGUUUGUGAUUUCAUCCAUAAUGGUAAAUGGGAGGUUCCACAGUUUCUACUAGCUUACUUUCCCACUUUGGCUAAUCUUGUGUCUCAAGUAACUCUUCCAAUGCAUCCGACUUCUGAUAGAUGGAUAUGGAAACACUCUAACAAUGGCGAAUUAUCUCUUAAAGAAGCUUAUGUGUUCAAAGCCUAUCAUUCUCAGAAGGUUAAGUGGUCAAAAGCUAUUUGGUCUUAUGACAUUCCUCCCUCUAAAUCUUUGGUAGCUUGGAGAUUUAUGCAUGGAAAGACUCCCACCGAUGAUCAACUUGCUUUGAGGGGAGUGUCUUUAGCCUCUAUGUGUAGUUGUUACUAUAAGGCUCAUGAAAUUGCCACCCAUCUUUUCUUUCAUUGCAGUUUUGCCUUUAAUUUAUGGAGUUGGCUAGCUUCUAUUCUCAAUAUGAGGCUUCAAUUCAACACUUUUGAGGAUGUUUGGCAAUUGACGAAUGGAAGAUGGUCCCCGCAGUGCAAAGUUGUUAUUCAAGCCAUUCUUGUCAAUAUCUUUCAUCUUAUUUGGUUUGUGAGGAGUCAAUCAAGAUUCUCACACAAGAAAAUUCACUGGAGAGUUGCUAUUAAUUUGAUUAUUGCUAAUGUUUCUAUGUCUGGUAACAAUACAAGCAAAGCUGCUUGUAAUUCUAUAAUUGAGUUUAGUAUUCUUAAAACUUUUAAUAUUGCUAUUCAUCCACCUAAGGCCCCAAAGAUCAUUGAAGUCUUAUGGCUUCCACCUAUUUUUGACUGGAUUAAAUGUAACACAGAUGGUGCAACCGGUUGUAUCUUCAGAAACAACGAAGCUGAAUGUAUGGGUUGUUUUGCUCAAAACUUGGGUUUAGGAUCCUCUUUAUUUGCUGAAUUAUCAGGAGCCAUGCAGGCUAUUGAGAUUGCUCAUAGUAAAGGCUGGUUUAAUUUUUGGUUAGAGACUAAUUUUUGGUUAAAUCUAUCUCUUUAG